UGUUUCAUUAAAAAUAACAGGAAAGCAAAAUUCUGAAGUUUCUGGGGUUCAUGUGGAAUCCGCUUUCAUGGGUCAUGGAAGCUGCUGCUAUCAUGGCCAUUGCUUUGGCCAAUGGUGAUGGUAGACCUCCGGAUUGGCAAGAUUUUGUGGGUAUCAUCUGUCUGCUUGUCAUCAACUCCACAAUCAGUUUCAUUGAAGAAAACAAUGCCGGAAAUGCUGCAGCUGCUCUCAUGGCUGGUCUUGCUCCUAAAACCAAGGUUCUUAGGGAUGGAAAAUGGAGUGAACAAGAAGCUGCCAUUCUUGUCCCUGGUGAUAUUGUUAGCAUUAAACUUGGAGACAUUAUCCCAGCUGAUGCCCGUCUUCUUGAAGGAGAUCCUUUAAAGGUUGAUCAGUCUGCUCUAACUGGAGAGUCCCUUCCUGUGACCAAGCACCCUGGGCAAGAAGUUUUCUCUGGUUCAACUUGUAAACAAGGAGAAAUCGAAGCGGUUGUCAUAGCCACAGGAGUUCACACCUUCUUUGGUAAAGCUGCUCACCUUGUGGACAGCACUAACCAAGUUGGGCACUUCCAGAAAGUUCUUACAUCCAUUGGAAACUUCUGUAUCUGUUCUAUUGCUAUCGGUAUCGUGAUUGAAAUAAUUGUCAUGUACCCUAUCCAACACCGAAAGUACAGAGAUGGAAUUGACAAUCUCUUAGUCCUCUUGAUCGGUGGUAUCCCCAUUGCUAUGCCCACGGUCUUGUCUGUGACUAUGGCUAUCGGGUCUCACAGGUUGUCUCAGCAGGGUGCCAUCACCAAACGUAUGACAGCCAUUGAAGAAAUGGCUGGUAUGGAUGUCCUGUGCAGUGACAAAACCGGGACACUAACCCUCAAUAAAUUGAGUGUGGAUAAAAACUUGGUUGAGGUUUUCUGCAAGGGUGUGGAGAAAGAUCAGGUUCUACUAUUUGCAGCUAUGGCUUCUAGGGUGGAGAACCAGGAUGCUAUUGAUGCAGCCAUGGUUGGAAUGCUUGCUGAUCCAAAGGAGGCCCGAGCUGGAAUCAGGGAGGUUCACUUCCUUCCAUUCAACCCCGUGGACAAGAGAACUGCUUUGACUUACAUCGACUCUGAUGGUAACUGGCACAGAGUCAGCAAAGGUGCUCCCGAGCAGAUCCUUGACCUUGCCAAUGCCAGGCCUGACCUUAGGAAGAAGGUACUCUCUUGUAUUGACAAGUACGCCGAGCGCGGUCUUAGGUCACUGGCAGUUGCUCGUCAGGUGGUCCCCGAGAAAACAAAAGAAAGCCCAGGUGGACCAUGGGAAUUUGUCGGCUUGUUGCCUCUUUUCGACCCUCCAAGACACGACAGUGCCGAAACCAUUCGCAGGGCGUUGAAUCUUGGUGUCAAUGUUAAGAUGAUUACUGGUGAUCAACUUGCUAUUGGUAAGGAAACUGGUCGCAGGCUUGGAAUGGGAACCAAUAUGUAUCCAUCUGCUGCUCUUCUCGGCACUGACAAGGACUCGAACAUUGCAUCCAUUCCUGUUGAGGAGUUGAUUGAGAAGGCUGAUGGGUUUGCCGGCGUCUUUCCAGAGCACAAAUAUGAAAUUGUGAAAAAGCUGCAGGAGAGGAAGCACAUUGUUGGCAUGACGGGUGAUGGUGUCAACGAUGCUCCCGCAUUGAAGAAAGCGGAUAUCGGUAUUGCUGUGGCUGAUGCUACAGAUGCUGCUCGUGGUGCUUCAGAUAUUGUUCUCACGGAACCUGGACUGAGUGUCAUCAUUAGUGCAGUGCUCACUAGCAGAGCCAUCUUCCAACGAAUGAAGAAUUACACAAUCUAUGCAGUCUCAAUCACAAUCCGUAUAGUGUUUGGUUUCAUGCUUAUUGCUUUGAUAUGGGAAUUUGACUUCUCAGCGUUCAUGGUUCUGAUCAUUGCCAUCCUUAAUGACGGUACUAUUAUGACAAUAUCAAAGGACAGAGUCAAGCCAUCUCCAACACCUGAUAGCUGGAAGCUUAAAGAAAUUUUCGCCACCGGAAUUGUGCUGGGAGGUUACCAAGCCAUCAUGAGUGUUAUCUUCUUCUGGGCUGCUCACAAGACCGACUUUUUCUCGGACAAGUUUGGAGUGAGGUCAAUCAGGGACAAUAACGAUGAACUAAUGGGUGCUGUGUAUCUACAAGUUAGUAUCAUCAGUCAAGCUCUAAUCUUUGUCACCAGGUCUAGGAGUUGGUCAUUUGUGGAACGUCCUGGGGCGCUUCUGAUGAUUGCAUUCGUCAUUGCACAACUGGUUGCGACAUUGAUUGCUGUUUAUGCCGACUGGACAUUUGCAAAGGUGAAGGGUAUCGGCUGGGGAUGGGCUGGUGUGAUAUGGAUUUACAGUAUCGUAACAUACUUCCCUCAGGACCUUUUGAAGUUUGCCAUUCGAUACAUCUUGAGUGGAAAGGCUUGGACCAGCUUGUUUGACAACAGGACCGCUUUCACGACCAAGAAAGAUUACGGUAUUGGAGAAAGAGAAGCUCAGUGGGCUCUUGCUCAAAGGACAUUGCAUGGUCUGCAGCCAAAAGAAGACGUUAACAUCUUCCCAGAGAAAGGAAGCUACAGAGAGUUGUCUGAGAUCGCAGAGCAAGCCAAGAGAAGGGCCGAGAUAGCUAGGCUUAGGGAGCUUCACACAUUGAAGGGACAUGUAGAAUCAGUGGCAAAGCUAAAGGGAUUGGACAUUGAUACCGCAGGACAUCACUACACUGUGUAGUUGCAGUUGCACAACACAAACACUACUACUACCAACCCAACCUCACCAUGACUCCUCUUUUGUUUUGUCUUCUUCACAAAUAUCUCUUUUAAUGUCAUUACAGUAGAGGGAAGAGAACUCUUGUGUAUUUGCCAUAACUCUUCCAAAACUCUUUUUUUUUUCUUUUUCUUUUAUUGUUAGUCAUAUUGUUCUUAAACUUGUACUACUCGAUCUGAGCUUUGGAAAUUUGCCUUUGAAGAAACAAGGCCUUUGCCUUUGUGUUUUGGCACUUUGGCUACCACCCUUUUUAA